AUGGAGACGUUUCUUUUGUUGCGAUCCUUGCGUACGAUGCCUUUGCGUGUUCGCCACCAGUCGAAGACAGCCACGAGUCUCGUGCAGUUCUUGCAUAGCCUAACGGCAGGAAAAGACCCUAUUGAUCCUGUCUCUGACAAAAUUUCCAAUGGCAAAUUUGUGAAGCAAGUAUGGCACUCUUCUCUCCAGCCUCGUGAAACCUACGAUGAAGAAGUUGCAGAAACUGCUCAAGAGAACCAUGCAUUUGACCCGUCCUCACAACUUCCCGAUGGCGGGUCACCCACCUUUGGUAUUCUCCUAGCGAAAGCCUCGUAUGCAAAAUAUGUCGCACAUUUCCUCACAUAUUUUGUUCCUGCUACAUCUUUGGGCGGUGUCGAAUCAUUGAUAGAACAACGCGCCGUUGUUUCUUCAAGGGCCGACGAAAGAAUUGUUCGAAUAUCUACAGGGUUGGAAGAUCUCGAUGAUUUGAAAAAGGAUCUUGCUCGUGCAAUGGUAGCUACCAUCCAACACGUCGAGAACAACCCAAACGAAGCGUCUGAGUAG